AUGUUGAAUCAAGCUGCAGUUGAUGGAAAAUUUGGGUUUCAUCCAAAAUACGAGAAAGUUCAGCUUACCCACCUAAGCUUCGCAGACUACAUUCUGGUUUUCACAGACGGUACAGAAGCAUCGCUGAAUGGAGUGUUGACAGUGAUGGAUCAGUUUGCGAGUAUGUCGGGACUUCAGAUCAAUGCCACCAAGUCAUCAAUCUUGGUUGCGGGUCCAAAUAGUCACCUCCUUAACCAUGCUGCGAGUGCGAGAGGCAUUCAGGUUGAUCACCUGCCUAUUCGUUAUCUAGGCAUGCCUUUGACAUAUAAGGUUUGGAGCAAAACCGACUACGAACCGCUAAUAGACCAGCUCCGCAAAAAGUUCUUGUCUUGGACGCAUAUAGCUCUUUCUUUCGCAGGCCGGUUGCAGUUAAUCAAAACUGCUAUCACCAGUACAGUGAACUUUUGGAGCUCUGCUUUUCUAUUACCAAAGGCUGUAUUGAUACCAUCGAAAGCAUGUGCAGUGCUUUUCUGUGGUCAGGGUCGCCAACAGUCACUCAUAAAGCAAAAGUGGCAUGGGAAGAUGUUUGCACUCCUAAGGAAGAAGGAGGGUUUCUUUUGGGUGGCAUGGACUAAAGAGUAUCUAUUAAAACAUGGGUCUUAUUGGGAUGUGCGAGAUGGCUCCCUAGGCUCUUGGGCUUGGCGUAAACUCCUUAAGUUGAGGCCCUUGGCUUAUGAUUGCUUGAGACUAUUGAAUCAAACAGUGGAGAUUGGCGUAUGGUACCUGGCGGUCCCUCGUUCUGCUACUAUCUCUGAUGUGGUCUGUGAGUCUGGUUGGAAGAUCCGUGCAAGAGGGCACCAGCGGUUCCCUGAAGUUUAUGAAAAACUGAAUGCAACGCAGGUGCCUAACCACCACGCUAGGGAGGACAUUGUGCUCUGGAGAACAUGGCCUGAUGAUUUCAAAGCCUCUUUCUCUUCCGUUAAGACCUGGAAUUACCUGUGA